UUUACAUAUGUUCGUAAUAGGUCCUCCAAACUCCACUCUGGUUGAGUUGCCCCAGUCCUUGCCCUCGAGAAACUCACAGGCUAUUAGGAGACUCAAAUCUGUAAACCCCAAGUUCCAAAACAGCACACUAAAUGCAGCAAAGGUGGCACACAGUAGGUGUACGGAGGGAAUGAGGAGAGGUUGAUGAACUCUAAUGGGGGAGCUGGGUAAAGGGUUCUGAAGGGGAUGCUCUCUGACUGAAUUAUGGAGAAUAAACAGCAGUUCCUACAGAGAGGAAAAGCAGAAAAGGGGCGUUUCAGAUAACAGGAAGCAUCACAUGCAAAGCCAAAUAAAGAGGAAAUGGCAAGUUUUAGAUUCUGCACGAACUAACCCUAUCUAACCUUUACGGAAUUUGAAAUUUCCCCAAAUCCCUCUGGGGCUCCAGUUUUCUCACUUAGAAAAUGAAGGCUGGUGGGUGGAAAGAGACAACCUAGAUUUUCUGUAAGGUGCUUUCUACCUGGAUACCUCCAUGCCGGAGCAGAGAGAAAAGGGGUAGCUUUGGAAAUAUCAACUGUUAUUUUUGGGGCAUGAGCCAGAAGCUCCAUCUUUCUGACAAGCAAGAUGACAGGCAGAGCCUGCAGUCGUUCAGAAAUUUUUUGCGUACAUUAAUUCACCCACUUCACCAGCAUUUAUGGCAUUGACUGAGCCGGGCCCUAUGCUGUUAAGGAGGCCACUGUCCAGCAGAGGGAGACGGGAAAAUAAGUACACGAGUACCAUGGAAACCAUGUUGGUCUACACAUGGCAGGUGCGUGGAGGCAGUAAAACAGAAGCCCCUAGGGUGUGUAGGUCACACGCAGGGUGACAGGGUUUAGCUCCUAGCAAAAAAGGAACUUCCUGCUUCCUUGUCCUGCUUCACCUUCUCCAGGAGGUCGCCAGCCUUUUCAGCUGCCAAUUCUCCCUUGGCAAGGUGACGAGGCGUCCUCUCUUCACCUGCAAGCUUUCACAAGCGUGAGGGGCUCCACACAGGCAGAACGGACAGAGGUCCCAGGGCUGACCAGAGGGUGCCUGCUGCCGCGACAGCUUCGCUCACAACCGAGCACCCGCUUCUGGGUCCCCCGGCUCUGGAGAGAAGGGGUGGCCGGGAGGGCGGGCGGGCUGUCCAGUGCCUCCAGGGGUUGGGCUCCAGGCCAGCUGGGCGGGACUCAAGCUACGGGUAUAAAGAGGAGCGCCGCUGUCCCGGCCACAAUGCUGAAGCUGGGAGCUGGAGGUAACGGUCACUGAACUUGCAACUCAGGCCCCAGAGUGACUGAAGAAGAGGGAAAGGAGCGCGUCUCUCCGCCACUCCAGCCCCAGCCUGGGAGGAUGCGGCUUCUCGGGAAACUCCGCGCCUCGGCCGUGGGCAGCGCCGCUCCGGAGUCGGCCUGCCCCAACGUGCUCACCCCGGGCCGCAUCCCCGAGUUCUGCAUCCCGCCGCGGCUGCCCGCGCCCUGCGCGCCCGAGGCUCCGCCCUCGGCCGCCGCUCUGCCCCGGCGAUGCGCUGCCGAGCCGGACCUGUGGCCCCGAGGGGCCGACGACAGCGCCGAGCGCACGGACUGGGACCCGCGCUCGCAGGCCGCGCUCUCGCUGCCGCACCUGCCCCGCGCGCGCACCGCUUACGGCUUCUGCGCGCUGCUCGAGAGCCCGCACACCCGUCGCAAGGAGUCGCUCUUCCUCGGGGGCCCCCGUGCCCGCACCCUCGGCGGCGGCGACACCCACCUCGUCCCCCGGGCCGGAGCCCCCGCCACCACCCCCGCGGCCCCCGGCGGCCCCCGCCCGCCCCGGGACGCGCUCGCCCCGCGGCCCCGCGGCCGCUGUCUCCUGCGCGCCCCCGAAGGGCUGCUGAGACGCGCGCUGCGGGCCCGGAGGAGGGGCGGCCUGGCCCGCGCCCGCUCCGUGUCCAGCGGGGACGGCGACGAGGACGAGGAGCGCGCCGCCGGCUCGACGCCCCCCGCCCGGGCCGCGUCCGCCGCGCCGCCGCCCCCCAUCCCGCGGCCCGAGCGCCUGGAGGCCGAGGGCACCGUGGCUCUGGGCCGCGCCGGCGGCGCCCUGCGCCUGGCCGCCCAGUACAGCCCGGCCAGCGGGCGCCUCCGCGUCCGGCUGCUCCGCGCCGAGGGCCUGGCCGCGGGGGCCGCCGAGCCCCGCGCCGUCGGCUGCCGCGUCAGCUUCAUCCUGCAGCCUCCCGGCCCGACCCGGCCGCAGCGCGGCGCCGUGGUGCGGCGGAGCCGCCGGGCCGCCUUCGAGCAGGACUUGUGCCUGGAGGGGCUCUCGGAGGACGAGGUGCGCCGCCUGGCCGUGCGCGUCAAGGCCGAGCGCAAGGGCCGCGGCCUGGAGCGGGGCCGCCGGCUGGGCCAGGGCGAGCUGCUUCUGGGCCCCCUGCUGCUCCUCUGAGGGCGCGGGCGGCCCGGGCCUGCCCUCGGGCGCUGUCUGCCCGCCGGCUCGCGGACACGGGGACACGGACAGCCGCCUUGUACAAAAUAAAUGUUAUUUAUUCACUUUUCUA